ACCCUCACCGACCACCGUACUAUUACCAGCUGCGAGGAGUGUCAUUGCCGAGAGGAGUGAGUGAGUGAGUGAGUGAGUGUGUGUGUGUGUGUAUGUGUGUGUGUGUGUGUGGUGUGGAGCAUGAAAAAAGAAGUCCGACACAGCUGUAUUAGCUUGACCGCAGAAAUGACCAAACACACUCCGUCACAUUUCGAGAACCUCAGAAAGCGACACAGCGACGUUUAGUCGACGGUAUAGACAACGCUGUUACGACUACUUACUAUUGUUAUCUCGCUCCAUUAUUAUGUUCUCGGUCGUGGGAACGGCUCAGCCGUAGCUUCAGUAUCCCUGAGACUGCCUUCAGCCUGUCUUUUACUGCUUAAGUUACCGUGAUGCGUUUCAACGAGAAGGAGCUGGUCUCUCUGAGCCGCCAGCCCUCCGAGAAGGCAGCAGAGCUGGGGAUGCGAGGACCCAAGAAAGGAGACGUUGUGAAGAAGAGGCUGGUGAAACUCGUCGUUAACUUCCUCUUUUAUUUCCGGACUGAUGAGGAGGAGCCAAUUGGAGCUUUGCUGCUGGAGCAGUGUCGGGUGGAGAGGGAGGACAUCCAUAGCUUCUCUAUUGCAUUUCUGGAUGAAGCAGAGAGGAAGUAUCUGUUUGAGUGUGACUCUGAGGAGCAGUGUGGAGAGUGGGUAGAUGCCAUUAUCAAGGCCAGUUACGAGUUCAUGAGGAAGAACCUGAUAUUCUAUCGAACUGAAAUCCACAGGCUCACUGGCAAGGACCCCUUGGAGCAGUAUGGUAUAUCAGAUGAAACUCGCUUCCAGGUCAGCAAUGGCCUGCAACUUAUGCCUAGAGAUACUGCCUCCCUGUAGACCAGCGUCCUGUGUCCAGAUGUACUUUAUUUUUAUUUUAGUUCACCCUGCCAUUCCAACAUUCACUCCUCACUGGUUUGAAAACCAUGGCAUUACCAUAAGCACACAAGCUUUUUUAGAUCUUCACUGCUCUGAAUGUAUUUAGUGUUGCUCCAGACUUACAGAGAGGCUCUUAUACAGAUGUUUUUAUUAUUAUUUCUUUUAUGUUAUUGUCAAUCAUUACAGGUAACAUGGGGCUGUUGAACAAUCUAAUUUACUUAUUUUCGGUUUAGUGGGUUUUACAUGCCAUUUUCUGUAUCAUUUUCAGACUUGGCCUUGGUUAAUUGGUUGUCUAUAUAAAACAUGUUUUACACUAGGUUUUCUACUGGACACACUUUACUUUUAGAAAAUGUGAUUUUGAGAGCACUUGUGGUGUAGAGCUGUGGCUGUGACUUUCUUUCGGACUAUUAACAAUAUGAGCAUGACUGUGUUUAAUAAGAAUCAAUCCAGGACUUAUGAACAUUUGGUGUAAACCAUGGUUAAUCAGGUAAACGCACACUGUUUGAAGAAGCUUAUGAUUAUUAGAGACCCUGCCCAAUUUAGAAAUCCUUCGGCAGUAUUUACUGUCCCGAUCAGAACUGCAUGGGCCCUUUGAUCUGCUGAGUUGAGCCACACAUUUUACUCCAUUUUUGCUUAUGUGAAAGAACAUUUUUAGCUAUCCCAAUAUGUAUUGAUCAUUUAGACUAUUUUGUUUUAAAAACUAUGCUUUUGCACAUUACUGGGUGUUGAGGGUUUCUCUUAUUAGAUUUUUUUUUAACCUACUGUACCUUUUCUGUGGCACUUUGAAUCAGAUUCCUUUAGAUUAGCUGCUGGACCAUGUUGGGAUAACAGGCUCUUGACCUGAUUUUUAAAUAUCACACCAACUUCUUUGUCAGUGUAUGGUGUGGUCAAAUUUUGCUCUCAAUCACAUUUCACUAUGUGGCAUUGCUGUAUCCUGCAAUUGAUAAACUGUCUUUCAACAGUCAGGAGUCUACCCACAAACAGGAUAUGUCAUUGAAUGCAUCUUUAUGUUAAACUUUUGCACAUGGAAUGUGUUUAGUCUGUUUUUACUUAAUGUGAGAUUAUAUUUGUUUCACUGGCAUCUCUUUUUUUUUUUUACUAAAAACCAUUUGAAAUAUACUGUAAAUUCAUAUAAAGUGUCAUCUAAUAACUACAAUGAAAUUUGUUAACACCAAAAUGUUAUGUUAUAAAUUUGUAUAUUUAAUCAUGGUCAGUCCAGUAAUACUGUUCAAGUGUGAUGCUGCAACUUGUUACCAUCGUAUAAAUUGAAUAUUACAGUCACGAUAUCAAGCCACAUGUUGCCCUCCACUGUGUCUAGUUUAUCAUGAAAAACAAGGGCUUUAUCUCUCACGGCACAGGUUAAUGUACAGGUCCAUUUGUGCCAGUUCAGUUGAUUAUUUGACAAAUUAAUUAUCAAGCAAUGUGCAUAUCUGGUUAAAACAAUAGAUACAUUUAUCAACACUGACACUUAAAAAUGAAUAAACACAAGCAAAUAACACAAAUAAUGACAUUUGAAAAUAUAUGUUUAUAAUGUCAUAACGAGGUGACUGGUAAUUAGCUAUAUGUUUUAUUUAUUCAUGAUUUAUCUUCAAUAAACGCAGUCUACUGAA